UGUGCUUGUCACUUAUUCAGAUAAAAAAUGUUUAUGCUGUAUAUUAUUUGACCUUUAUUUUAUUUUAUAUUUCAAACAAAUAAAAAAAAAAGAUAUAUCUCAAACACUUGUGCCCUUAUUAAUAUCGUCAUCAUUCAUUGUACUUUAAUUUUUCCCACGAUACGGAAGCUCUGUUUGUUUCUAGGUCAAUAAGUUUCUUCCUGGCCUCGUCACCAGCAGGGAUGUACUAUAAUUUGACAUAUCUUGGGUUCUGUCAAUAUAUGCUACAUCUUCAUCAUAAUCUCAAAGGUUUAACUUCAGAAUUAUAUAAUUUUUAAUUGCAAUAUGUCUGUUACAGUUCAGCAGCUCCUAAAUGAUGCAAAACGGCUUGUUACACGUCUACGAGAGCAUGACAACUCUGCUGAUUCCCUUAUUUCACAAGCACAGACAUUGAACAACAAUGUAGAAACAAUGAAACAAUACCAUGAAGAAGUUGAAAAAUUAAAUGCUUUGGCUCAUCAAAGACCUCGAUCAGCACUUAUCCUAAAUAUACAGCAAGAAAAUCGUCAUAUACGAGAACUUCAGCAAGAAAACAGGGAGUUAAAAGCAAUGUUAGAAGAACAUCAGUCUGCUCUAGAACUCAUAAUGAACAAGUACAGACAACAAAUAAAGCACAUUGCUGAAACUGCUAUGGCAGAACAAGCUUGGGUUCAGAGGGACUCUUCCCAGGAACUACAGAAGCGAACUGAUAAAAUAAUAGAAAUGUCUGCUGUUAUGCAAAAAGCUGUAGAAAUUGAUGAAAAAAACUUUUCUAAGGAGCAAGAAAUUGUGACCCGCUUGGAAAAAGAAAACAGUUUAAUUAGAGAUUUAUUAGAACUUAAUAUGUCACGAAGAAGUGACUUUGCACAAAAGGCUAUUAUGAAUAGAACUGAUGAAUGUAUACAGACUGAUUUAUGACCUCUGUAAAAUGCUCUAAUUUUGUGUUCUUCCUUAUGUUUAUUUUAUUUUAAUUUCCUUUUAUUUGUAGGUCAUAUGAUUAAAAAAAAUAUUUAUGUAUGUGAAAAAAGUGUUGGUUAGAUGUUAAUUAACCUUAAUUAAUAUUAAGGUUAUAGGAUUAUUAAUAUUAAUUGGUUACUUUUUAAUUAGUAACCAUUAAUGUCUUCAAAUAGUUUCUUAAUUUUUGUAUUUAUUAACGCAAGACAGUAUAUGAAUCUUUUAUUGAAAUAAAAAUUGACUAAAAAUGAUUUAAAAAUAUGCAUGUUAGUAUGAAAAUUCAUGUGAAAUGAUAUUUGAAGUAAGCUAUUUCAUUUUCAUUUCAGUAUGUGUGAUAAAUAAUUAUUCAGUACUCUCUGAUUAUCUGCUUAAUCCUGACAAGAAUCACUGUGCAAAGUGUUAUGUCGUUGAAGUAGACAAUGCAGAAUUUUGUGAAAUUGCGAUUUUCUGGCAACCGACCAAUGGUUGUGCUUGUAUUAUGGACUGAUGUAAAGCAUGCAGUUUUAAAAUUCGAAGAUCAUGUUUGUGUUUUCUGUUUGUAGUAAUUAGUUUGCGAGUGUGUACGUGUUGCACGGAUUUUUCUCCCUUGUAACAAAUUAUAAUGCCACUGUAGAGUUUGCCAGCUAGUAAAAAAGAAAAUGUUGAAUUCUAUCUGAAGUAUGAUGUUUUGCCUAGUAGUAAAAACUCUAAGAAUGCACAUUCCAUGAAGUUAACUUGUGGUCUUCUCUGGUGUUUUUUAACUUACAUUCUGAUGUAUACAUGGAGAACAAUGGCAAGUUCAGAAUAUCAGAAUUAUCUGCAAUGCCGAUAAUUCUGAUGUUUUGUAAGUUAAAACAGAUUUUGUUGCACAUUGUCAGAAGACCAGUGAAAAAGAAAAGUUAUGUUUUGUUAUGGAUGUUUACUGCAUGUUUAGUUAAUUUUUUGUUGUUUUAUGUAAUUUUAAGCAUUUCUUUAUAGAUGUUUGUUUUAUGUAAUUUUCAAUGUUUUAUUGUGGAUAAUUCUUGCAUUUUUAAUUUUGUUAAUAUGUUUCUGUUUUAUGUAAUUUUCAAUAUGCCACCAUUUUAAAAAAUAACUUUGGUUUUUCAUGUGUUAGUUUAGCAAAAAAUUAGUUAUCAACGUUUGGCGACAUUGUGAGAUGAUUUAACGGAUAAUCAAGGAGUACUAAUUUUUCUUUUAUAGCUCAUCUACAGAGUACUUUUUUAGAGGAUGCUAAGGUUAUUUCCUCUUAUUUAAAAUAAAAAUUACAACUUUCUUUGAGAGUUAAUCAAUUACUUUAAUAUUUUGACAAAAAUAAUUUCUUGCAUAUAUUAUCUAUCUCCUAUAAUUAAUAUAUGUUCAUUGUGUAACUACUUAGUGUGAAUGGAUAUAGAAAUUUUAAUCAGUAAAACUGAAUUUGUUAGUGGCAAAUGCUUGAUUAUUUUCAAAUUUUAAUUUUUGUGAAGUUUUGAAAGCACAUUAUAUAUUUUUCAAUAGAAAAUGUUGUGUGACAUUUCUUUGAACACUAAAAUAUGACUGAAACGGCAUAUAUCUUAGCGCUUUCAGUUAGACCUAAUGUUGCAAAUCUACCCCAAGUGGAUAGUUUUGUAACCUACUUCUCAUUCCCUUUUCAUCAGGUUGGUUCAUUAAUUGCAUUUGUUGCUGUUUGUUCCUAAAUGAUGUAUUGUGAUCUGUUUCUUAUUUUUAAGUUGAUUUACUUUUGAAUUAAAUCUGUAUACACAUAAUAAUCAAUAUCUUAUAUAAUAGUUGAUGUGAUUGCUUACUUUGUGAUAAGUUUCAUUCUAGACAUAUUCAAUAUAUAAUGUUAUUUAUGUAAAUAGAGAAAAAUGUAUUUAUUGUAUAUAGGUUUUAGAUUUAUAGUUACACAGAUCAGUAGUGUAAUUUUAUUGUACAAAAUAGUAAACUAAUUUUUUUAAUAAUGGUUUUUAAAAAAAUUCAGUUUGCACUUUGUUCCUAUUAUGCAGACUUUUUGAAAUUGAUUUUUUGAAUGUCCCAGUUUUAUAAAGUGAAAUUUUAGGAAAUCAUUUCUCAUAAAUUUAUACCAAACUUAUGAUUUGUGUUUCAAAUAAAAAUUUUCUAAAGUUAUAUUCAAAA